CCAGCCCAGCUACAGCCUCUCCCUCGCUCGCUCGCUCGCUCCCCGCCGCACCAACCAACCUCGCCGGCGUCGCCUACCCCGGCCGCCCCCAUGCUCCACCCAGUGCACCGCCUCCCCACCGCCCCUACCCGCGGGGACGUCUCCCCCACCGCGCCCCCCACCUUUCGUCUCCGGCGGCAGCAUGCCCGGGUGGCCGUGGCCAGGACGGCGACGCCCACGACGCCCGUGGUCUGCUGCUCCGGGUUCGCGGGCUCGCUGCCUGUAGCGAAUCAGGGGGCCGAGUUCGAACCCCGAUCCGGAUCGAUCUAUCGGGGCCGGGGUUCGACGGUGGUGGCCCGGGCGAAUCCGGUCACGGCGGAUCCGAGAUUCCUGGCAUCGAAGAAUGGCUACAGAGGCAGAGGUAAACACGUAGCAUCACCCAGUGCUAGCUUAAACCAUGCACCGUCGCCAUGGUUCCGCAAUCGGAGGGGUUCUCGGUUUGUGGUUCGAGCAGAAGCUGAUUUCUAUUCCGUACUUGGUGUGUCGAGGAAUUCUAGUAAAUCUGAAAUCAAGAGUGCCUAUCGGAAGCUUGCUAGGAGCUAUCAUCCUGAUGUGAACAAAGAACCUGGUGCGGAACAAAAGUUCAAGGAUAUCAGCAAUGCUUAUGAGGUUUUGUCUGAUGAUGAGAAGCGAGCAAUCUAUGAUAAAUAUGGAGAAGCUGGUCUGAAGGGUUCUGGCAUGGGAACAGGAGAUUACUCAAACCCAUUUGAUCUCUUUGAGUCACUAUUCGAAGGGUUUGGUGGAAUGGGUGGAAUGGGCGGGGGCCGUGCCGCUCGUAAUAGGCCAAUGCAGGGUGAUGAUGAGAGCUACAAUUUGGUACUCAAUUUCAAAGAAGCGGUAUUUGGUGUAGAGAAAGAAAUUGAGAUAACAAGACUGGAAGGCUGUAAUACUUGUGAUGGAAGUGGAGCCAAGCCUGGAACAAAGCCUACCACAUGCAAAACUUGUGGGGGUCAGGGCCAGGUGGUCUCCUCCACAAGAACACCGCUUGGAAUAUUCCAGCAGGUGUCCACCUGCAAUACUUGCGGUGGCAGUGGUGAAUCCUCCACCCCGUGCAAAACCUGUGGGGGCGAUGGCCGAGUGCGCAAGACAAAGAGGAUUAGUCUGAAAGUCCCUGCAGGAGUGGAUUCUGGAAGCAGGUUGAGGGUCCGUUCUGAGGGGAAUGCUGGUCGGAGAGGAGGCCCGCCUGGAGAUCUUUAUGUCUUCAUUGAUGUUCUCUCUGAUUCUGUUCUGAAGAGAGAUGGGACAAACAUUCUCUACACAUGCAAAGUGUCUUACAUUGAUGCAAUUCUUGGGACAACUGUCAAGGUCCCGACUGUCGAUGGGGUAGUUGACCUGAAGAUCCCCUCAGGAACCCAGCCAGGCACAACUCUGGUAAUGUCAAAGAAGGGUGUUCCACUGCUCGGGAAGUCAAAUGCUCGCGGAGACCAGCUGGUGCGUGUCCAGGUUGAGAUUCCAAAGCGUCUAAGCAGCGACGAGAGGAAGCUGAUCGAAGAGCUUGCCAACCUCAACAAGGCUGAACCAGCAAACAGCAGAAGAUAGUUACUGCGCAAGGCUUGGUUGGUUCCAUGCCUGUGCGAUAGGCGAUUUUGAUGCAAAUUGCAGCGACAAAGUGACAAAUUGAAGUUGUAAUUGUAGGAAGCCUGCUCAUUCUGCAUGCAGUGCCUGCCCUGGAGGGAAACUGCGAGAGGCAUAUGUUUGUAUCUUCAUUUUAAGGUAUAGAAAAGGUAGGUCACCACAAAUCACCGAGCGGAUGGUGAACUUUUUGCAAUAGCCUGUCGCCUAUUUUUGACAAUACGAUUCUUGUAUCUUUGAAAGCCGUAGGACAAUUAUUUACUAGGCAGAAGUUCUUAAUAUUUCUUGCAGAAGUGCUGCACGAUUACGUUUAUGUUGUAAGCACUCGGUAAUCUGUAACGCCAAAAUGUGGCAUAUUUCGGUGUUCCUUUGGAGCAUUGGUGUUCCUUACGUA